GGCUUCCCGCUCUCCCCCUCACACCUCAGAAGACCCCAAAAUCAGAUUUAAGCCCCCGCCUCAGGCCCGGUCCCGGUGCCGGUCCCGCCCCGCCGGGCCCCGCCUUGAGGUGGUGAUGGCGGAGGUGGGGGGGGGAGGAAGGACCGGAGCAGCCGCCACCAUGUUGUGCGGGGGGACCUCGGCGGCCCGGCCCGCCACAAAGGAGACGCAGCAGAUGGCGGACGAGGUGAAACCUCAGCUAGAAGAAAAAGAAGGGAAAAAGUUUGAUGUCUUCACUGCAGUGGAGUUUAAAACUCAGGUGGUUGCUGGAACAAACUACUUCAUCAAGGUCCAUGUUGGCAAUGAUGAGUUCAUGCACCUGCGGGUGUUCAGAAGCCUUCCUCACGAGAAUAAGCCGCUGAGUCUCCACAGUUACCAGAGCAGCAAGACCAAGCAUGAUGAACUGGCUUUUUUCUAGCAAGUUUAUCUAUCUAUCUUGUGUGUUUUCCUAAUGGCUUCUUAUGUGCAUUUUCUAUAGGCUGCAAAAUGUUGAUUCCUGUGCCAAUGAAGGAGAAAGGAAAGUGUCUUGUUUUAUACUUAAUGCUGGAAGAAAUCAUUUUCUCUUAUGCCAUUCCCUUCCUGUGCAAAAUCUAAAUUUUAGAGUUGCACAGCUCUCCUUUCACCUAUACUAAUGCAAACCCAAGUAGCUGCACAGACUUCAGUGCAACUUAAGCGGAAUAUUGUGACCGAGUGCUGUUAGUGGACUUCCUUGGGCUGGAAAUUGAAAGGGGAGUGAUACUCAUGUAUUUGCAGCAAGGAACAAGAGAAAAACCAGAAUCUUUUCUGUGCUGUUUUGCAAUUGUGAAUAUAUCUGUAGAUGUAAAUUGUACUCUGUAUUUUAUUGGCAAAGACCUGAAGAGAGACUUGAGCUGAAGCAAUUUUGAAAGCAAGAGAACGGGGAGGAUUAUAGUCCUUUGAAACAAACAUUCCCUUGGUAAUCAUGUUUAUCCUCUUGCAGCAGUAGGGUGUAAUGUCCAGUAGAGGGUGUAUGAGUUUUAAAAAAAAAAAAAGAAAACAACUUGAUUAUUUUCUCAGUCCUAAGGAAGAAGUCCUGGAAAGUAAUUUAAGCUGGAUGCGUUUCUGCAUUAAUAACAAUAAAUAUUUCUCUUUAAUUGA